CGGGCGGAAGAGGGCAGGCGGGAGGCGCGAGCGUCGUCCGCACGUCGGUCUCCGCGCCCCCCCCCCCGCCACAGCCGGCGGGGGCGAGGAUGGACAUUCCCUUCUACCAUGACGAGGUGCUGACGGCCCUGGCGCCUCCCAGCCCCGGCCUGCUGCAGCCCUUCCCCGACGGCGGCGCCGGCACCAUGAUGAAGAAGGAGGCGCUGGCCUUGGCGCUGGGCGAGCAGGUGGCGGCGGCGGCCGGCCUGAAGGCGCCCGACGGCGGCGGCCCGGCGGCGCUGCUGGCCGCCGCCGCCUCGCCGGAGCUGGGCCUUCUCAAGCUGGCCUCGCCCGAGCUGGAGCGGCUCAUCAUCCAGUCGAACGGGCUGGUGACCACCACGCCGACCAGCGGCGCCGGCGCCUUCCCGUUUGCCAAGGGCCCCGACGAGCAGGAGUUCGCCGCCGGCUUCGUCAAGGCGCUGGAGGACCUGCACCAGCAGAGCCAGCUGGGCGGCGUGGCGGGGCCCGAGCUGCCCUCGCCCGCCGGCCCGGCCCCGGAGCCGCCCAUCUACGCCAACCUGAGCAGCUUCGGCGGCGGCUACGCGGGCGAGGGGGGCCCCUUCGCCGGAGCGCCGGCGCGGCUGCCCGGCCCGCCGCCCAAGGACGAGCCGCAGACCGUGCCGGAGGUGGGCAGCUUCGGCGAGAGCCCUCCGCUCUCGCCCAUCGACAUGGACACGCAGGAGCGCAUCAAGGCGGAGCGCAAGCGGCUGCGGAACCGCAUCGCCGCCUCCAAGUGCCGGCGGCGGAAGCUGGAGCGCAUCUCGCGCCUGGAGGAGAAGGUCAAGAGCCUCAAGAGCCAGAACACCGAGCUGGCCUCCACGGCCAGCCUGCUGCGCGAGCAGGUGGCGCAGCUCAAGCAGAAGGUGCUCAGCCACGUCAACAGCGGCUGCCAGCUCCUGCCCCAGCCCCACCAGGUGCCGGCCUACUGAGCCCGCGCCUGCCCGCGGGGCGCCCCGGAGCAGACCAGCAGCGCGCCCGGCCUCUGCGCGCCGGACUUCCUGGGGCGGGGGGCGCCGUCGCGGCUUCUGCGCUUUGGACACGGGCUGCUGGGGAGGGCGGCGGAGCGCCUCCCGGGCAGAGGAGCCGCACAUGGACGGAACUGCGGGGGGGGGGGCUGGCUGCUCGAAGGCGCCUGCGCCACUCCCCUUGGUUGGGCCCAGGACUUUGGCUGGACGCCGCCCCGGCUUCUCACGAAAUAUGGCUUCGGCCGUACCGUAUUUAUGUUAAUAUUCGGCCCCGUCAUUUUUUCUUGUCGUGGGGCCCUUUUUCUCUUUUUUUGGCCUUGUAUGCAUCACAUUCCAUAAAUCUUAUUGCAGGA